AUGCUGACGUGUAUUGCGUGUUCGAAGCAGCAGCAGCUGCAGCAUCAGCAGCUGAAGAGCAAGAAUGGAUCUCUGCCGCCGGAGCAGGAGGAUGAUGAGGUUGUGGGAACACCGAGGACUAAGCAGGCCAUUAAAACUCUCUCUGCUCAGAUCAAAGACAUGGCACUGAAAGCAUCUGGAGCGUAUAGAAACUGCAAACCAUGUUCAGGAUCAUCCAACUGUAACCAGAAUAGAAACUCUGCUGAUUCGGAUGCUGCCUCAGACUCGGCAAGGUUCCAUUGUUCAUACCGUAGAACGGGAAGUUCCAACUCAACACCAAGAAUGUGGGGGAAAGAAAUGGAAGCAAGAUUGAAGGGCUUAUCAAGUGGUGAAGGGACUCCUGCAUCAGUUAGUGGACGAACAGAGUCUGUAGUUUUUAUGGAGGAGGAUGAACCCAAGGAAUGGGUUGCACAAGUGGAGCCUGGUGUUCUAAUAACUUUUGUUUCCUUGCCUCAGGGAGGAAAUGAUCUCAAGCGUAUUCGAUUCAGUCGCGAAAUGUUUAACAAAUGGCAAGCUCAAAGAUGGUGGGCAGAGAACUAUGACAAAGUCAUGGAGUUAUACAAUGUUCAACGUUUCAAUCGUGAAGCAGUCCCACUUCCAACUUCACCAAGAUCUGAAGAUGAGAGCUUGAGAAUUGGAUCUGCGAAGGACAGCCCUGUUACUCCCCCACUGAACAAUGAGCGCCCUCGCAACUUCCACCGCCCAAUGGGAGUAGGCUAUUCUUCAUCAGAUUCACUAGACCACCAACCAAUGCAAUCCCGCCAAUUUUAUGACUCAGCUGGUCUUGCUUCCACUCCGAAACUUUCAAGCAUUAGUGGCACCAAGACAGAGACAUCAUCCAUAGACGGUUCUGCAAGGACUAGUUCCUCAAGAGAGGCUGAUCAAUCCGGAGAGCUUUCCAUUGGCAAUGCCAGCGAUAUGGAGACUGAAUGGGUUGAACAAGAUGAACCAGGAGUGUACAUUACUAUCAGAUCACUUCCUGGUGGUACACGGGAGCUUAGACGUGUCCGUUUCAGCCGAGAACGGUUUGGAGAGAUGCAAGCGAGGAUAUGGUGGGAGGAAAACCGAGCGAGGAUACAAGAACAAUACUUGUGAUUGAGCAAGUUCAUGAAACGGUGAUUGAACGAACAUUCAAGUUGUGUCUUCUCCUUAUAACAAAGUUCCUGGGACAAAACCUCAUAAGAUAGCUUAUACAUAUAUUUAACAAUGCCUCGGUUUCUACCUUUGCUCCAAUUUAUAUAUUAAGGGAUGUGUUUAAUUUUUCUUUUUAAUUUCUUAUUUUGGGGUUGAUAAUGUGCAAUUAUUUGGUCAUUUAGAGUUUGUUUAAUAUGUGUUGAAAUGAAAAUUAAUGGGAGUUCUUUAGUCAUAGUGAUAUUAACAUUACUUAAA